AUGGCGUUAAGUAUUGGAAGGCUCUCGAGCUUCUAUUGGUCUUAUCUGUUCCAGAUCAUCAUCGUUGGCCUUGUGGUGUUUUGCGAGCCUGGAAUUUGGACAGCUCUGAAUGACCUUGGAGCUGGAGGCAAUGCGAAGCCAUUCCUCAACAAUGCCGCCAAUGCUCUGACAUACGGCCUCAUGUCCGUCGGCUGUUUCCUUGCUGGCGGAGUAACGAACAAGAUCACGGCCAAAUGGACACUGUUCCUGGGAGCCGCUUUCUACACUCCCUACGCAGCUGGACUGCACUGUAACAAUCGAUACGGUAACGAAUGGUUUCUACUGCUCGGUGCGGCUCUCUGUGGCAUCGGUGCACCACUGCUAUGGGCAAGUGAAGCAGCCAUCGCUGUUGGCUAUCCUGAAGCAGCAAAACGUGGCCGAUAUGUAGGCAUCUGGAUGGGCACACGACAGAUGGGUCCGCUGGUCGGCGGUGCGAUCUCACUAGCUCUGAACGUCAACACUGCGCAGAAGGGGAAGGUCACGUACACGACGUACCUAGGACUGGUGGCGAUAUCUGCACUCGGGGCGCCGUUGGCUUUGUUGCUUUCGCAGCCGCAGAACGUCGUUCGAGCGAAUGGUACGGCGAUCCCAUACAUGAAGAAGACGACUUUCGGUAUCGAGGCGAGGGCGAUCUGGAGGCAGAUGAGGAAUAAGUACAUGCUGCUGCUGAUCCCGGUGUUUCUGGCUGGGCAGUUUGGGACGACGUAUCAAGGGAACUACCUCACCACAUACUUCACCGUCCGCUCCAGAGCCCUCGCAUCCUUCCUUACCGCGGUCGUAGGCGCAGCAGCCAACAUAUCCACCGGCGCGAUCCUCGACCUUCCACACUUCUCCCGCCCAGCAAAGUCCAAAGCAGUCUACAUCAUCGUCCUAGUAUUCCUCACAGCAGCCUGGAUCUGGAACGCCAUCGUCGAAGUCAAGCUAUCCUCCAUGACCGAAACACCCUCUUUCGAUCUCGGCGAUGGUCCUUUCUUCCGCUCCGCAUUCGCAGUAUACAUCCUCUUCAAAUUCUUCUACGAGGUGCUGCAGACGUACAUCUACUGGCUGAUGGCUGAGAUCAAGGGUGCUCAGCGUGAUGGCGAUAUCGCAAGAGCGACGGGGAUCUUGCGGAGUUGGGAGAGUAUUGGGAGUACCAUUGCGUAUGCUGUGGGCGCGACGCGUUGGGCGAAUCGGAAUCAGAUGAUUUUGGGGUUUGCGCUGUGGGUGCUCACUAUACCGUCCACGCUGUUGGCGGUGUUUGGAGAGUGGAAUGUGGCGGCUGUGGAUGUGGUUGUGGACGUGGAUGCGGAAAGCAGCGACGAGAUUGACCUUGAGGUACAACGAGUUGCGCUUGGAGAGGAAGGCAAGAAGUAG